UAACGAAGUAAAUCUGUUAUUGUUACGUAGGUUGAAUUUAACAUUAUGUUUACCAAAUAAUCCAAAAAUAUAAAGGCCUAACGAUAGAACGUGGAAUACUAGCAAAAUUUAAUUAUGUUUUAUUUCCUAGUGUUUUUUUAUUGACAAUUUAUUUUCAAAUCGCCGUUGAUUCAAAGCAACAUCUACACAAGAUGGCGCUAGUAUUGUAUAGAGUUUCCAUUACCGCUCUACUAAGAUGUACUGUAUUGUAGAGUUUAUUAAGCGCCGUUUAGACUUACUGUAUAAUUUGUGCUUAUAUAUUCAGAAGUAGUAGUGUCAUUAGUAAUAAUACUUUUGUUAUAAUAAUACAACAUAUCAAUUUUACAAUUUAAUUCACCUUUUCUUGGAUUAGAAAUUGUCAUUAUUAAUAUUAUAACAUGUCUGAAUAUUCAGAUGUUCGAAGUGGAAAGCUGUUAUUAAAAGGAAAAAAAAGUAAAAAGAAAAAGAAAGACAAACAUCGAAAAAGACAAAGAGAUGGGACAGAAAAACCUGCGAUUGAUGAGGAUGAAAUUACACAUGGAGGAUGGUGGGCCAUAAGCAGUUUAAAUGAUAUCAGUGGAUCAAUUGCUAUUGAGAUGGCACCUUAUUGUUAUGUAAAAGCUGUUGAUAAUGGACUUUUUAUAUUGGGAGAACCUCAUUUACGUGGAGAAGGCCCUUCACCAGAAGAAAUUUUGACAGCAGUUAGAUUAUCAGAUACAAAGAUAGCCUUAAAGUCUGGUUAUGGAAAGUACUUAAGAGUAGGAACCACUGGUGUAGUGAUUGGACGUUCAGAUGCCAUUGGAGGGAUGGAACAGUGGGAACCUGUUUUUCAAGAUGGCAAAUUAGCUUUACUUGGCUGCAACGACUGUUUUCUAUCUUGGAAUGAUGAGGGAAAUAUUGUUGCCAUUAGCAAAACAGCUCAUGAAAGAGAAAUCUUGAAGUUGAGGUCAGUUUCACAAAGAGUUAAAUCAGAAAAGGAUGAUGUUCCGGAAGAAGAAAAAGGAAAUGUCACUGAAUGUGAAAUCAGCUAUGUAAAAAAGUUUCAGAGUUUUCAGGAUAGGAAACUGCGAAUAAGUAAAGAAGACAAAUCGGUCGUCAAAAAAGCUAAGCUCCAGGGGAAUCUGCAUGAAGUUCUGCUUGAUAGGAGAGCCAAAAUGAAGUCUGAUAAGUUUUGCAAAUGAAUAAGAAUGUAUGUGUAAAGAUCGACCCAGAGUGGAGAAGUGAUUUUUCAAGACUUCUGGGGAUGCUGAGUGAAGCAUACAUCUAUAAUGAAGUGUCUGCUUGACUUUUCUAUGUAGUAGAUAUUACCCCUUUUAUGUAACAUCUGUUCCAAAGUUGAACAACCAUUUAUAAACCUGAAAGAAUGAUUAUUAACUUUGGAGAAAAAUGUAAGAUAAUUAAAUUUAAUUACUAAAAACUAACUUUGAUUGUUUUAAUUUUAUCAAGAACAUGCAUAUUAUUAAAAAAAAAGGAAAUCUACCGGAAGUGAAGCAGCUAAACAUAAAACUUUAACACUCAAAUGAUAUUGAACAGUUACAACAUGAUCACAUUAAUUCAGAGCUUGUUAAGAAAAAAUUGGGAAGUUUAAAGAAUGCUAAGGUUCAUGAGCAGGAUAAUAUUUCCUCAAGAGUUUUCAAGGAGUUUAAGGAUUAGAUAUGCGAGCCAGUUGAAUUGGUGGUAAGUUCCAGAAGAAUGGAAGUUGUAUAAAAUUACUCCUCUUUCAAAGGGAGAUGGUAAAAAAUGUCCAGGUAUUAUAGGCCUAUUAGUCCCCAUUAAUGUUUGGAAAAGUUUUUUGAAAAUGUGAUAAAAGAUGCUUUGCAAACUUGUUUAACAAAGUUUAAAAUUUUGUUGGAUAGCCAGCAUGGUUUCACUGAGGGAAAAUCUGGCCCUACUAAUCUUUUGACAUUCUUUCCUGCUUAUGUAAGUAAGGGUGUGGUUUGGUGUAUCUGGAUUUUCAGAAAGUAUUUGACAAGGAGCCACAUUAAAGGCUUUUAAAAACAUUAUCUGUAUGGGUGUGGUUGGAUAAGCUAGCUCAUUGGAUAGAAGAAAGCAGAGUAUUGUUGUAAAUGUAAUCAAGUCAAACUGUAUUAAUGUAGGAAAAAAGCCCAAAAUUUGAAAAUUUAUGUUUAUGAUUAUUUGAGUUCAUAGAAGUUGAAUUAUUCCAUUCAUACAUUUGAUGAUUGACCUCAUAUAUGCCUGAAAAGUGCACCUGACUCUGUAUUACAUAUAAAUAUACUUGUCAAGUUAACAGACUGUAUCAUUGAAUAUACAUAUAAUGCCAUGAUAUAUAAGCUGUGUUAUUAAUAUGUUUAUG